GAACUGUUCUCUACAUUUCCUCUCGAUCGUUCUUAAUUGUUCCGGUUCCGCGUUGUGAAGCAAAGUCUCCACCGUCAUGGGGGGCGGAGACCUGAAUCUGAAGAAGAGCUGGCAUCCACAGACCCUCCGCAAUGUGGAGAAAGUGUGGAAGGCCGAGCAGAAGCAUGAGGCUGAAAGAAAGAAGAUUGAGGAGCUUCAGCGGGAGCUGCGAGAAGAGAGGGCCCGGGAAGAGAUGCAGCGCUAUGCAGAGGAUGUUGGGGCUGUCAAGAAAAAAGAAGAAAAGCUGGACUGGAUGUACCAGGGCCCUGGUGGAAUGGUGAACCGUGAUGAAUACUUGCUGGGGCGCCCCAUUGACAAAUAUGUUUUUGAGAAGAUGGAGGAGAAGGAGACAGGCUGUUCUUCUGAGACUGGACUUCUUCCAGGUUCUAUCUUUGCUCCAUCGGGUGCCAAUUCCCUUCUUGACAUGGCCAGCAAAAUCCGGGAAGACCCACUCUUCAUCAUCAGGAAGAAGGAGGAAGAGAAAAAAAGAGAAGUAUUGAAUAAUCCUGUGAAAAUGAAGAAAAUCAAAGAAUUGUUGCAAAUGAGUCUGGAAAAAAAGGAGAAGAAAAAAAAGAAGGAGAAGAAAAAGAAGCACAGGAAACACAAGCAUCGGAGCUCGAGCAGUGAGCGUUCCAGCAGUGAGGGUCAGCGUGGCCGGGGGAGAUCUCAAAAGAAGAUGGCCAGUUCCUCCCCUGUUUUGUCCAAAGCUGCUGGAUAUGGCUUACAGGUUAGGGACUCCAACCACAGCCAGAGACUGCAGGGUCUUCUGAUGGCUGAGCCAAAGGGAGUGCAUGGGUUGAAGAACCAUUCUAGGUCCAGAAGCUCCUCCCACUCGCCCCCCAGACAUACUAGCAAGAAGAGCCCCAGGGAAGCAGGGUCCCGGGACAGGAAGUCUCGGUCCCCAAGGCCCAGCAAACCGCACAGCUCUAAGGGAAACAGGAGAGAGAGGGGCCGAACUAAGAGCCCAUCACCUAAAAAAGAGGUCUACCAGAGGCGGCAUGCUCCUGGAUACACGAGAAAACUCUCAGCAGAGGAACUAGAGCGAAAACGGCAAGAGAUGAUGGAAAAUGCCAAGUGGCGGGAGGAAGAGAGGCUGAACAUCCUCAAGAAGCACCUGAAGGAUGAAGAGCGGGAGCAGAGGCUGGAGAAGCUGGACUCCCGGGACGGAAGGUUUAUCCACCGUAUGAAGUUAGAGAGUGCAUCUACUUCUUCCCUGGAGGAUCGGGUGAAGCGGAAUAUCUACUCUCUACAGAGAACCUCUGUAGCUCUGGAGAAGAACUUUAUGAAAAGAUGA